AUGGAGCAUGUCAAAUGGACGAAGGCACGAAGCGAGGCAGCCAUCGCCGACCCACAGAUUGUUGAUUGAUCGAUUGAUUGUGCCUCCGGAGGUGAAUCGCGAGUAGCAUCCGAAAUUCGACUCGAGUUGCGUUGACUUGGCAUCUCGAUCGUCUUCAUGGAGCAUAUCGAAGCUGCUGUGGAGAGCGUGGGGCUCGGGGACGAUGCGGGCGCGGACACUUCCAGUCUGGAUCAGGCUUCGUUCUUCCGAGCCGUGCAAGAUGGCAAUGUGCAGUCGGUCAAUGCUCUUGUCAAGAAUCGGAAACAUAUUGACCUCAACGCUUACAACGAUCAGGGAGUCACACCACUGAUCUUGGCCGUGUACAAGUAUGAAGUCCACCGCAGUGUAGACGUAGUGAGCUCUCUGCUGAAGCAUGGGGCCAACGUUAGCGUCAAGGCGGCUCCCACCCCUUCGAACCAUAAGAUGUCAAUCGUCCGCCAUGACAUGAAGAACCCCGAUGGAUCAUCACCCGAAACGAAGAAGAUCGUUUUUGAUCAUAAGACUCCUCUGCUCAUUGCUCUGGAGUUGAAGUCUUCUCUGUAUCUGAAAGGAUGGGAAUAUCGUCACUGGGAUGCCAUGCUGGAGGUUCUGUCGGAAGCCACUGUACAGCAGCUCGUCGAGAAGGGUGUGAAAGUGCCAACCAUCCCUGCCCAUUCUGUUUCUGAAGUUGUGCAGCGAAACUGGGAUGCCGUUUUCAACAGUGGCAAGCAUGAGACUAUCGAACUAACUGCCGAGGGCAAAGACGUCGUUGCCUUGAAGCUUCUGGUGACUGGUGCUUCCAAGGUUCUGAAGAUGAACCUCGAGCACUCAAGCAGGAUGGAGCUCAAGGAAGCAUCUUACAAUAUUACCAAAGGAUUGGUGCAUUAUCUGUACGUUGGCAAAGUGGAGCCGCACUUUAUGCAACAGCGGGGAAUUGACCUUUUUGUGACGGCACACAAGUACGGCGUGGAGGCACUGAAACAUCUUUGUGAAGCAAACAUUGUCCCGAACCAGGACAACUGGAUCAAGCUUCUUACGGCGGCUGUGGAGACGGACUCUCAGAUGCUUACACUCAAGACAGCUCAAUCAAUCAAAGACGUGAUGGCUGAGAGGCAAAGCGGUCAAAGCUUCUUAACAAGAGGCUUCUCAGACAUUAAAGACGCCCCGCAACAGCUAUUCCAGUCUUCUCGAGGAUUAGUCGGAUGAUGCAGAUAAUCGCUGCCAAACAGCAAAUUUCAGCUCGUUUUGCUUCAGUCCCGGAUUUUUGUACAGCUGCUGAUAUGGAGAGUUCACAUGAGAGACCAUAGAGUUUCUGGUGUUUUUUGACCCUGUUCUUUUUUAUAAUAUAUGUCUAUACUUAAGACAUGGUCGUGUCGUGGACGUGUUAGCACUUUUGGCUCUUAUACGUUGUCUCUUUCAAGACAAGAAUAAUUACGUCGCUGUUUAUAGAAGCUUGAAGUUGUUCGUUUUUGCGUCGGUGAAGAGUGUCCUGUGGCAAGCACUCGGCUAUCGAUGGCUUGCAUGUGAAUUCUCUGUGCAUCUAGCUUUGUAUUCUGGUGAAAGAUGCUUCACAAUUUGUAAGCUUUCAAGUUGCCCUCGCAUCUACCGUGAAGUGAGGACACGGUUUUCGGACCGUCAUGAAGGUCCACUCGGUGUCCAUGGGGCCCACGUUCUCGAGAGGUGCGAGCAACCAAUUCGCAAUUGUAAACAGAGUUCUUUAGAAUUGGAUCAUUCGGG